AUGCAUCGGGAAGAGUUGCAGCCGUGCCUCCUGGAGGGAAAGCAACCGACAAAACGGCUUGUCGCAAGAUGUGUGAUGGGGUUUUUUGAUCCGCUUGGGUUGCUGUCACCAUUUACCAUCCACGGCAAAAUUAUUAUCCAUCAUCUCUGUCGUUCCAAUUGUGGAUGGGACAACGAAAUCGACGAAAAAUCUUGGACGUUGUGGCAGCGGUGGAUAAAUUUAUUGCCGGAGGUCGAAACUAUCCGGAUUCCUCACUGUCAUCUCGGAGGCGCCAAGCCCGCCGAAGUCGAUCCACUGGAAGUCCACAUUUUCACCGAUGCCAGCGAACACGCAUACGGCUGCUUAGCCUAUUUGCGAGCAAUAAUUGAGGGUGAGGUACGCUGCAGCCUGAUGAUGUCCCGGACCAAGGUGGCCCCGAUAAAACGGCAGUCGAUUCCCCGUUUGAAACUGAUGGGUGCCGUUCUGGGGACGCGAAUGAGCCAGACAAUUCUGAGCACGCACGCGUACCAGAUCGCCCGCACAGUUAUCUGGAUGGAUUCCUGCACCGUAUGUAGUUGGCUCAACUCGGAUCAACAUCGCUACAAGCAAUUCGUUGCAUUUCGAGUCGGCGAGAUUCAGGAGCUGACGAAGUGGGGUCAAGGUCCGCCGUUACAAAGUGAUGGAGACUGGUUUUGCGGACCCUCGUUUCUAUAUCGGCCGCAAAAACUGUGGCCAACGUGCGAAGUAGGGUUCGAAGAGACCAACGAAGAAGCUCAAGGUGUCGUUCUAUUUCACGGGGCAAUCAACGUCGAACCGAUAUCCAGCUGGGCGAAGCUACUGCGAGUGACAGCAACCGUGGUACGCUUUAUCGCCAAUUGUCGGCGAAAGAGACGAGGUGAGCCGAUAGUUAUUGCACAGGCUACAACAAAGCAGCAGCAGCUGAUGGAGAAAAUUGCAGCGAACCACGAAUCAGUUAAAGCGCCUCUUUGGCGCGAAGAGCUCCAGCAGGCGGAGACAAUCUUGUGGUGGCAGGCUCAGUGGAAUAGCUUUCCGGACGAUAUGAGCACGCUGACCAACAAUUUAAAACAACGGCUGGGAGCGCGGGUGGAGACCAUCAAGAAAAGUAGCCAAAUCUACAAAAGCUCACCGACAUUAGACGACGAAAGAGUAUUGCGCAUAGGUGGGUGGCUGGCAAAUUGUGCGGAAAGUUCCCUCGACAAACGCCACCCGAUAAUCCUGUCGCGUUCACACGCUGUAACGCAGAAUUUGAUGCAGCACUACCACGAGCAGUUCGGACACGGCAAUUCGAAGACUGUAUUCAACGAGAUGAGGCAACGAUUUCAGAUCCCGAAAAUGCGUCCGGCGAUACAGGGUGUAUUUCGGUUGUUAGACGUUGCGCAUUCAACACGGGCGCUUGAUGACGGGAGCAAAGUUAACGAUGAGAUCUUGGCGACAACUCUGGCGGAAGCGGCAGACAUGAUCAACACGCGUCCGUUGACCUACUUGUCGCAAGACUCUGGCGAAGUAAAAGCACUGACGCCGAACCAUUUUCUACGGGGAACGGUGUCGGGUGCUGACUUGGAGGUGGAGAAGUUUUCCACGGGUUCUGCCGAAGCUUUGCGGAACGUUUAA